CCCACUUAGACCUCGUGUUCUCAGCUUCUCGCUUCAAACUCCAACUUAGUUCCAUCGCCUCAAUUCCCCCGGGAAAUUCUCUCCCUUCCUCGUUCUCUCAGUCCUCAAGUAAGCGUGGUUGCUGCAAUAUUUUUAAAUUAUACAUAUGCACACAUAGCUUUACGUGGUGCCGACAGAGAUAUCAAGUUAUUUAUUUAUUUAUUUUUGUUAGAGAGAGAGAGACUCGACCCAAUUUUCAGAGCACUCAUUUCCAUCCCGGCUUUCAGACAGCAGCUUUUCCAGCUUUUCCCUCCUACAUCUCUUGCUUUUGCUUUCCUCUGUGAGCGUCAGAAGCUGUACGGGUUCUUUGAUUUCUCCUCUGCUCGCCGCGUCCGGGAGAUUACAUUUACAUUCAUAGUUUCAUACAGUUUUUUUUUUUCUUCUUUUUCGAAUUCCAAUAUGAGGAUUUUCAUGUCGAUGGCCUGUAAGCAAGCUCUUCCCUUUCUAAAUUUUCCGGGCGGCGGAAUGGGAAUGGAGUCGUUCACCGUUCGCCGCCCGAAAGACAAGGUCGUGUUCGUCAUGGGAGCGACGGGCACCGGAAAAUCGAAGCUCUCGAUCGACCUUGCCACUCGCUUCCCUGCCGAGAUUGUGAAUUCUGAUAAAAUGCAAGUGUACGAGGGGCUGGAUAUCGUCACCAACAAGGUUACUGAAGAGGAGCAGCGGGGCAUCCCACAUCAUCUGCUGGGAGUGGUGGAUCCUGACGCUGACUUCACAGCAUUGGAUUUCUGCCGCUCGGCUUCCCACGCCAUCGAGUCGAUCGUGAGUCGCGACCGGCUUCCCAUCAUCGUGGGUGGCUCCAACUCGUACAUUCAUGCGCUCGUCAACGACGAUCUUGAGUUCCGGUCGAGGUACGAGUGUUGCUUCCUCUGGGUGGACGUGUGCUUGCCUGUGCUCCACUCGUCUGUGUCCAAGCGAGUGGACCGCAUGGUCGAGGCCGGGUUGGUUGACGAGGUGCGGAGGUUCUUUGAACCGGAAGCUGACUAUUCUCGAGGAAUCAGGCGGGCCAUCGGGGUGCCGGAGAUGGACAGGUUCCUCCGAGMAGAAGCUUCAGCACUGAAGGACGAAGAAAUCCUGGCGAUACUCCUCGAGGAGGCGAUCGAGGAGAUCAAGGUGAACACCUGCACGUUAGCCCGUUGCCAGUUGCAGAAAAUUUAUCGGCUGAAGGAGCUGCUGCGGGGGAAAAUGCACUGCCUCGACGCCACCGAAGUGUUCUUGAAGCACGGCAAGGAAGCGGAGGAGACCUGGGAGAAGCUGGUGGCAGGGCCAGGCACCAACAUCGUCAGGCAUUUCUUCUACAAAGCCGAAGACCACGCUCCCACCGCCUCCGCCGCUGCGGCAACCAUCAAAGCGGCGGUCAUGGGGAAGGCAGUGGCAGCUGCGACUCGGUGAGCUAAAAAAGGCUAAUCAAUAAAUGGCUCCCUGGACAAUGUUGCCACGUGGCAAGAAUCUUUCAUGUCACUAUCAGGGAGCCAGAGUCGUUAUUGCAACCAAAAAUUGUGCGGCCGUACGGUUCGGAGAAUUUUCCUGAAAUUAUUUCUCCAACAGUCCGACUGCUGGCUGUUUUCCGGGUAGAGCACUAGAGCUGCUGCUCCCUCCAUUCUACAUUUUCUACUUCUUAUAGCGAGCGAGAAUCGGUACCUGGGCCCCACCGUGCGUUGUAGUUUCCUUUUCUUUUAAUUCCGUUUAACACCUUAUAAUUUGAGAUAUAUAAUGUAUGAGCUGGUAUGUUGGUUUAGUGGGAAUACAAAUAUCUAUUGAAUUCA